AGCUAGGGAGUGUACCAACUGAUGAAUCUGCCAUCACACAGAUGUGUGAGGUCACAGGAGGUCGCUCCUACUGUGUUAGAACACAGAGAAUGUUGAAUCAAUGUUUAGAAUCUUUAGUUCAAAAAGUUCAGAGUGGUGUAGUUAUUAACUUUGAAAAAACGGGACCAGAUCCACUUCCUAUUGGAGAAGAUGGACUUAUGGAUUCAUCCAGGCCAAGCAAUUCAUUUGCUGCUCAGCCGUGGCAUAGCUGUCAUAAGCUCAUUUAUGUGCGACCUAACUCCAAGACUGGUGUUCCUGUUGGACAUUGGCCAGUUCCAGAAUCUUUUUGGCCAGAUCAGAAUUUACCUUCACUACCUCCACGAACAUCUCAUCCUGUUGUGAGGUUCUCCUGUGUAGAUUGUGAGCCAAUGGUAAUAGACAAACUUCCCUUUGACAAAUAUGAACUUGAACCUUCACCCUUAACUCAGUACAUCCUGGAACGAAAGUCUCCCCAUACCUGCUGGCAGGUAUUUGUUACUAGCAGUGGAAAAUACAAUGAACUUGGAUAUCCGUUUGGUUAUUUAAAAGCCAGCACGACUUUAACUUGUGUAAACCUCUUUGUGAUGCCGUACAACUACCCAGUUUUACUCCCUCUUUUAGAUGACUUGUUUAAAGUUCACAAGCUUAAGCCAAAUGUGAAGUGGCGACAGGCUUUUGACAGCUACUUAAAAACUCUGCCUCCAUACUACUUAUUAACCAAACUAGAGUCAGAACGAAUACUAGCAUCAGUGGGGAAGAAACCUCCCCAGGAAAUUGGAAUCAAAGUGAAAAAUCAUUCUGGAGGUGGAGUGUCCCUGACUCACAAUAAAAAUUUUAGAAAACUAUUGAAAGAAAUCAUAGGAGAAACAGCACCGAGACUGGCAGAAUUGAAUACCAAAGAAUUUGCCGGCUUCCAAGUAGGGCUCUUAAACAAGGAUUUGAAACCUCAGACAUAUAGAAAUGCUUAUGAUAUUCCACGUAGAGGUCUUUUAGACCAGUUAACCAGAAUGCGAUCCAAUCUGCUGAAAACACACAAGUUUAUUGUUGGACAAGAUGAAGAUUCCCUUCAUAGUGUUCCAGUCGCACAAAUGGGUAACUAUCAGGAAUAUCUAAAGACAUUGGCUUCUCCACUUCGAGAGAUUGAUCCAGAUCAACCAAAAAGACUACAUACUUUUGGCAAUCCAUUUAAACAAGAUAAGAAGGGAAUGAUGAUUGAUGAAGCAGAUGAGUUUGUAACAGGGCCACAAAACAAAGUGAAACGUCCUGGAGAACCCAGCAGUCCUCUGUCAUCUAAGAGAAGGCGGAGUAUGUCCCUGCUGUUGAGGAAACCACAAACACCACCUACUGUAACUAACCACGUGGGCGGAAAGGGACCACCCUCAGCCUCGUGGUUCCCAUCUUAUCCAAACCUCAUAAAACCCACCCUUGUACAUACAGAUGUUACUGUCACUCACGAUGCUCAUGAGGAGAAGAUGGGAAAUGGUCAAAUCUCACCCGAUGGCUUCUUGUCAAAAUCUGCUGCCCCAGAGCUUAUGAAUAUGGCAGGAGAUAGUAUCCCACCCGACCAAGUGGAUUCUCUGUCUGAUGAUUUCACUAGUCUCAGGAAAGAUGGCCUGAUGCACAGUCCUGGUAGUAAUGCACUCAUAGGAGGAACCAAGAACUGCAAUGUCUCUGUAGAGGAUCGAAAAGUCUCGGUAACAUCUGCUUUGGAAACUGGGCCAAAUAUGUUGCAAAUAACUCCUGCUAUGGCACAAGGAAUCAAUGCUGAUAUAAAACACCAGUUAAUGAAGGAAGUUCGGAAAUUUGGACGAAAGUAUGAAAGAAUUUUCAUUUUGCUUGAAGGAGUGCAAGGACCUCUUGCAGUGAGGAAACAAUUCGUUGAAUUUACCAUCAAGGAAGCUGCAAGGUUCAAAAGACGAGUCUUAAUUCAGUACCUUGAGAAGGUACUAGAAAAAAUAGAAUCCCAUCACCUUCUCAACAACGUUAAUCACAUCAACAACAGAUCAUGAUGUUAAUGCAAAGACCAAGGAGGAAAAAAGAAUAAGUUUUCUGUGCUGUAGGAUAGAAUGGGAUAUUGUUGAGUAUCCUACGAUGUUUUAGUCAAGGGAACUGCCUUCCAGAGGCUAAGAAAAAGCAGUGGAGCUUUUUGUUUUCAGAUCCUCUGGCGGGAAAAGCUGGCUUUUGCCCUAUGAGUUUUCUUUCCAAGUAUUAAUUGGUUGUUUUGUUGUUACUUUUCCCAAUUGAGGAAGGUGAUGUUAUUAAUCCAGCAGGUUAAAAUCAGCAAACCCUGUCGCCCCUGCCACAUGUGAUAAGGGUUCACUCUUGAACUUGGCCGUCCUGGGCAUUUCCAGAGUGACUAGGGGCCACGUGCAGGUGGAGCACUCCUUGGUGCUCUUACUAUGUCCUUUAGAAAGAACAGGUGUUCAGAGGCCAACUGGUAAUCUUGUGUGUGCUGAACAAAGUUUUCAACCAUUCCGAGUUGUGCCUUUAAAACCAUGCAAUAUUCAGGACAGUUUGGAUCAAAGAGUAAGAAAGCUGCUAUUUGGGUAACUUAUUUCUCCAUGGGAGGGGCAGGGGAAGUCACCAAACAAUCUACCUCCAACUCUGUUCUAUUUUGUCUAGAGACAUUACAAAGUGCACCUGAGGCUGCCUCAACCCCUGACAUUUGUUCUCGCAUGUGACGACAGAAAGUCUUCAGGUGGACUUGUGCAUUGUG